AUGCAGCCAGAAGUGACCAUGAACCAGUUUGAGGUAACACAACUGCUCGUUCUUUACCCAGCCCCGGAGCCCACGCCCGUCGUGACCGCUGCCCGCACCGCGCCCGCGCCGGCGGCGCCUGGCGCCAAGCUGGCAGCCGCCCUUGCUGAGGCCCCCCAAGAGGAUGUGCUCCCUGUGAACAAUGGCUACACUGCAUGCAUGGGGCAAGCAGUGGCAGAAACGGAGACAACGGUGGCUACGGUUCAGGAAGUUCCAUGCGAACCGCAGGUGGUGGUAGAGGGCACAUUCGCAAAGUUGCAUACCAAGCCAGCGAUGAUGGAGGACGUGUCCUCCGACACGGACGGUUCUGUGGAGCUCGAGACGCCUUCUGGAACCGCAACGACGGCUGAGCUGGGCCCGGAUGGCCUGCCUUCCGUAGGCUCCAUCGGCCACGCGACUGGGGACUGCAAGCGCUGCUGCUUUCAUCCCAAGGGUCGGUGCCAGAACGGCCAUGACUGCAGGUUCUGUCAUUUUGACCACGACAAGCGCCGUCGUGCAGGUGUCAAGAAGAAGGGCAGUCGGCAGCUGUCCCCGGACAGCAGCAUGACAGGCUCAGGCGAUGGCACCUCCCCAGUCUUAACUCCGGCCAUGGGGCAGCAGCCCAUGGCCUUGAUCCCUGGCCCGCAGGCGCCGUGCCAGCAAAUGCAGUGCAUGCAGGGCGCACUGCCUCCAGUGGUGAACAUGAACCCAUAUGAUGUUCCACCGCCACACGUCGAGGCACCCAUGUCCAUGGGCUGCAUGGACGAGCAGGUGGGCUUUGCGCCGGCGAUGAUGCAAAACGACUAUGGCGGUAUGCCAAUGUGGCAACCGGACCACAUGCAAUUCCCGCCACUGUCGACAGCACCGCAAGGCCCAGGAUUCCACCCGGGCUGGGGACCGCCAAAUUUUUUCGCGAGCCACCAGCCGCAUCAGAUUCCACCUCCGAUGCCGUUCCAGCCCAGCUGCUCACCACCGAUGGGCCCCAAUUUCAAUGCUGGGCCUCCUCUCAUGUUGCCCAACUAUACGACCUCGGCCGGUCGUCCGCUACCGGAACUUCUUGGCGUGCCACCCUUCUCCGCUGGACCGCCUCCCCUCUCGAGCCUCCCGCCUCCGCUAGGCCCACCGCCACCGAUGUCAACGGUGCCAAUGGCCUCCCUCCCAACCGCCCCAUCUCCAGUGCCAGCGCCAACGCAGGUGCCACCUGCCGAGCCGGCUCCUGCACCGGAGACGAAGAAGGACAGCCCCCGAUCUGUCAUCCUCAAGCUGACCGGUGCUUGGGGCGCCUUGGCCAAUGGGAAGAACGGACCCAACGAUGCAGGCGCUUUUGGUAUCGAGGCGUGUGCGCCAGACGUGCUGUCAAGACAGAACCUCCUCGACCUACGGGGCCCUCAGGGGCCGGGAAUGGCAGCCAUGCCUGCCAUGUGCGUACCACCAGCACGAUGA